AUGGCAGCCCUACCCUACAUAUCCGUCCAGCCAAACUAUGCAGACGUCUUCUCGGACGUCUCCUCGUCCACCAUCGCAGGCGAAAAAGUGUGGCUCUCGUACUACUCCUCCAACGCUCCGUCCUCCAGCGUGCACGUGAAGCUGCCUCUCCUUCAGACCAAGGACGACGGCACCUCCUCCACCCAAGGCUCCGUCAGCAUCGGCGAGCUUGAAUCCUCCGGCGGUCCCCCCAACGGUCUCUCCAUCUCCCGCGUCCCAGGUAGCUGGCUCGACCUCUCCCUCACCCAAACGUCCCCCGCAAACUCCGAAGAUGGGCGAUCAGCACGCUCCCUCCAACCGAACAUCACCCUCGAUCCCAACAUCACCAUCCGUUUCCCCAAGAAAACGCUCACGCAUCUCCUCCCAACGCAACGCACGUCCAAGGUGAACGACAACUAUACCAACCAUCCGACGAUCGAGGCGUUCGACCUCUCUCUUGGCACCGCAGUGGACGAAACGGAUCUGUUUGUCGCCGGUGGAUCCGAGGGCGCACUGUACACGUCCUACCUGUCCACAUUCGAUACGGACGCUGCGCGCGCGGAGGCACUCUCCUUGCUCACUCCAGAGGAACGAGACACCCUGGCGGGGGAAAGCGAUACGAAAUGGGAGCUGGAAGCACGCGUUCGUACGCACGUCAACGCCGCUCGUGCUCGGGUGACGAAGAAGACCGCCCUCAAGGGUCAUGUGGGCGAUGUGCGCUGCGUGAAAUUCUUUCCGUCCAACCGUGUCGUCUUGUCUACGUCGUCCGAUUUGACGGUGCGGGUGUGGGAUGCGUUCACGGGUGACAACCCGCGUACGUUCAGGGGGCACAAACGGGCCGUAUUGGCUGCGGGCAUUGUCGGGCGCGGGAGAACGGUCCUGACUGGUGGAGCGGAUGGGAGUGUGCGGUUGUGGGACGUGGGAGCGGACAAGCAGGCUCGGUUGAUGGGUAGCGAGCGAUUCUCGGCUGCCAACUGCCUCGCCCUCAAGCAGCAGGCGGAGGGGGUGGAGGGGGAGCAGGAGCACUUUGUGGUGGGUCUGGCCAGUGGGGGAUGGCAAAUGUUUGAUCUGCGUACAGCAACGGCGAGCGUCGGUGGGGGGAAGUACGUGUUUCCGCCAGGGGAGGAGCCGGGUGCGUCCGAGGUGUGGACCCAGACGCCCACCGCGGGUGUCACUGCCAUCGACGUGGCCGGUAACACCGUUGUCACUGGCACAACCAACGGCAUCGUUAGCGUGUGGGAUCUGCGCCACACUCCCUCCUCUUUCUCGGACAAGACCGCUCCGCCAACCGGCCUGGUGACGGCGUGGAGGCGCAACAACGCCGAGGUCAACCAUCUUCGCCUCACCUCCACGCCAAACGGGCUGGACGUGCUAGUGGCCACGCAGGACGGACUUCCCUACCGCGCUAGCCUCGCACCGAACGAGGGAUUAUACGAGGGAGGCUGGACGGGUACCGCGCCAAAGGUGGUCAGCGAAUACGCCGGAUGGGAUUGCGACCAGACCAGCUGGAUCGGGCUCGAUCGCAAUGGUCGCACUGUCAUUGCGGGUGCAGAGGGUGCCGUGCGACGCUACUGA